AUGGCGUCAUCGGCCUCCCUACAGAGUUUCCUCCCGCCAUCCGCCCAGUACGCCACCUCGUCGUCCCGGCGCCGCACCGGCCGCGCCCGCUUCGUGCCGUGCUCGGCCGUCUCCGCGCCGUCGUCCUCCGCGCCGGCCGAGGCCGUCUCGGCGGACCGCCUGGAGCCGAGGGUGGAGCAGCGGGAAGGAGGGUACUGGGUGCUCAAGGAGAAGUACCGGACGAGCCUCAACCCGCAGGAGAAGGUGAAGCUGGGCAAGGAGCCCAUGAAGUUCUUCACCGAGGGCGCCAUCAAGGACCUCGCCAAGAUCCCCAUCGAGGAGCUCGACGCCGACAAGCUCACCAAGGAGGACGUCGACGUCCGCCUCAAGUGGCUCGGCCUCUUCCACCGCCGCAAGCAGCAGUAUGGCCGGUUCAUGAUGCGUCUGAAGCUCCCGAACGGCGUCACCACGAGCGAGCAGAUUCGGUACCUGGCGAGCGUGAUCGAGAAGUACGGCAAGGAGGGAUGCGCCGACGUGACCACCCGGCAGAACUGGCAGAUCCGCGGCGUGACGCUUCCCGACGUGCCGGAGAUCCUGGACGGGCUGCGCUCCGUCGGCCUCACCAGCCUGCAGAGCGGCAUGGACAACGUGCGCAACCCCGUCGGCAACCCGCUCGCCGGCAUCGACCCCGACGAGAUCGUCGACACCCGCCCCUACACCAACCUCCUCUCCUCCUACAUCACCAACAACUCCGAGGGCAACCUCGCCAUCACCAACCUUCCUAGGAAGUGGAACGUGUGCGUGAUCGGCACCCACGAUCUGUUCGAGCACCCGCACAUCAACGACCUGGCGUACAUGCCGGCGGAGAAGGACGGCAAGUUCGGGUUCAACCUGCUGGUGGGCGGGUUCAUCAGCCCGAAGCGCUGGGGCGAGGCCCUGCCGCUCGACGCCUGGGUGCCCGGCGACGACAUCAUCCCGGUGUGCAAGGCCGUGCUCGAGGCGUACCGUGACCUGGGCACAAGGGGCAACCGCCAGAAGACGCGCAUGAUGUGGCUCAUCGACGAGCUCGGCAUGGAGGUGUUCCGGUCGGAGAUCGAGAAGAGGAUGCCGAACGGGGUGCUGGAGCGCGCGGCGGCGGAGGACCUGAUCGACAAGAAGUGGGAGAGGCGGGACUACCUGGGCGUACACCCGCAGAAGCAGGAGGGCCUCUCCUUCGUCGGCCUGCACGUGCCCGUCGGCCGCCUCCAGGCCGCCGACAUGUUCGAGCUCGCCCGCCUGGCCGACGAGUACGGCUCCGGCGAGCUCCGCCUCACCGUGGAGCAGAACAUCGUGCUCCCCAACGUCAAGAACGAGAGGAUCGACGCGCUGCUCGCCGAGCCUCUGCUCCAGGAGAGGUUCUCGGCGCACCCGUCGCUGCUGAUGAAGGGGCUGGUGGCGUGCACGGGCAACCAGUUCUGCGGGCAGGCCAUCAUCGAGACCAAGGCGCGGGCGCUGCAGGUGACGCGCGACGUCGAGGCGCGCGUGUCCGUGCCCAGGACGGUGCGCAUGCACUGGACCGGCUGCCCCAACAGCUGCGCGCAGGUGCAGGUCGCCGACAUCGGCUUCAUGGGGUGUCUGACCAAGAACAGCAGCGGCAAGAUCGUCGAGGCGGCGGACAUCUUCGUCGGCGGCCGCGUCGGCAGCGACUCGCACCUCACGGGGGUGCACAGGAAGUCCGUGCCGUGCGAGGACAUUGUGCCCAUCGUCGCCGACCUCCUGGUGGAGCACUUCGGGGCCGUGCCCAGAGAGAGAGAGGAGGACGAGGAGUAGCAACACUGUCGCGUAUGCAGGCUUGCAGAGAUGAGUUGCUGCUUGGUGUAAAGUAGGCAAUGCCAGUGGUAGUUUGUACCACGGUUUGGUUUGAUGUCAAAGUCCAAAGUUUUUCACUUACGUUACAGGGGAUGGGUGAUUGAGUUGAUGAUAUAAAUAAAGAAGCAGAUUAUAUGUA